AUGACAGCGCUGCUGAUAAUCAUCACCAUUUAUUUCAUAGAGAUGGACGACCAUAGGAAAACCGAUGAACUUAGACGACUUAGAAAGCAGCCUAAAGAUGUUGAAAACCUGAAGGCACAGCUACUUGACAAGGAUAAAUCGCCAGAGGAAUGCGAAACUGAUUCGUUGAAAAGAGCACUGAAGAAUGCAAAAUUUGACAAACAUGUCAAGAACGAUGGAAUAAAGAAAGAACCAAGGGAAAAAGCUGUCAUCCAUUUCGACGAGGCGCACUCGGACCCGCAGUUCGUGCUGCACAGAGGCGAGAGCAGCGCCACCUGGGGAGGCGAGCCCGAGCAUCUCAGCCCGGGCCAACGCAUCUACCUCGGCAACUGGCGCCUGUGGGGCGCGGAAGGCUUCACGUCCGGGACGCACUACUGGGAGGUCCAGGUGGAGGACGGCUCGGCCUGGUUCGUGGGCGUCUCCGUGAACUCCUACAAGGCCAGGUCGUGGCUGAAGUCCCUCCCGAGCAGCGGGCUGUGGCUGGUCAUGCUGUGGAACGUCGGAAAGGGCAAGUACCCCUCCAGGAGCCUGGGGAAGGCGGUCAAGUUAGUCGAGAUGACCAAGGUCGGGGUUCUGCUGGACUUCGACGGCGGGCAGGUUGGUGGAGUUGAUCUUUUCUGGUUUUGUUUUAGUAAGGUCCGGUUCGCUGUACCGCUCCUCCCACCUUACUCCAUGCUCCUUCUAAUGCUCCAGGCAACAAGUAAGAAAAUGACCAUACUGCUCAAAUACAUAAGUGGCUUUGAAAUGCUACAUGUGAAGGCAUGAUGGUGCAAAUGGACUGGCAUGGCUGCUCAGUUCACCAAUGCGUUAUUCAUUGAAACGGUGCAGAACAGAAGCAGGGUUACACUUUUCGGCCCAUCAAGUUGGUCAGCCAUUCAGCACAUUGAUCGUUGAUCCUCUAUUGCAAAGCCAUAUUCCGACUCUCAGUCUUCCCUCUACUCUUUGAUGCCUUUGGCGUCUAGAAAUGUAUCUAUUUCUUGCUUAAGCAUAUUCAGUGACUUGGUCUCCACAGCUUUCUUAGCAGAGAACUCCACAGGUUCACCCACCCUCCAAAAGAAGGUAUUUCUCCACAUCUGCACUCUAUACCCUGGUUAAUGUCAAAAGAUUUUCACAGGAAGGUAAUAAUCAUACAGGAGGGUAAAUUUGCAAAUGCAAUGGGACUAUUCAUUAUUCCAGCAAUUCAACCCAACCCAUCAGUGGGAUGGGAUCAGGCUUAAUGCACCCAGAGUAACAAUGUUGAAAACUAGGCAAACCUACUCAUUAUGAAGCUGAUGCAUGUGGGGGCAGGAAGUACAAUACUGGGAGGGGUUUAAACCAAAAAUUCAAAAUGAGUGAUAUCCCAAUUGGCAACUUGAUCUAACACCCGACUCACAUCCCCUUAGCUCCAGCCCUUGAAGUCUGUGACUAUAGGCUCUCACUGGAAACAAGGAAAUCACCCAGAUUUUUUUUACAUCAUGAUUCUCCCAUCUUGUAGCAUUCAGAUAUUGUCCAGAGAAAAAAGUGCAUGCCCAAUCCAUGAGUGGAGUGGGCAAAAUCUACCACCUAGCAACAGAAUUUAAGAGACCCUCCUGCCUGUGAGUUUGUAGCACCAUUGUGUGACUCUGAAAUUGUAGCUUGUAAUUGUUCAGUGAAUGUAAUCCAAUCAGCCCUGAUGCUGUUGUACCAGCUUAAGUCUUCCUGUUGAAUUUUUUUCAUCAAUAUGUAAUACAUGUAACAAAGCAGUGUGCCUGCACAGAACCAGGCUGUGUACUGUGCAUGAAUUGAAUGUCCUUCUUUGAUUGAAUUGUU